AUGCAGCGACUCUCACAUUUCGACCAAGCGUCUCUUCGCACCUACAUACAAAUCGUCCUUGCCUUUCCCCUGGCGGACGAUGCCUCGGCCCAGGCUAUCUACGAGCACCUGAGAGCCUCACUCAACCACGUGGGGCAGGCCUUCCCCGUCCUCGCCACCAAGUUGCAACUUGAGACCUCGCGCUUCGGACAAGAGGCUUUCCUCACCCCAUCUCAAGAAGAGAUACCUCUAGUUGCCGAUAUUGGGGGUGCAGACUACGCCAGCCUCGCGGCCCGCGGGUUCCCAGCGCACGAAUUCAUUCGUCCGGACUUUGACCUCAACAACACAUUGAAGCUCAACGAGGGACCCGUACCCGUCGCACACGCGCGCGUCAGGUUUAUCAGUGGGGGCUUUCUCCUUUUCUGUUCGGUUCACCACUCAGCUGCAGACGGCUAUGGGCUAGGCCAGUUCGUAGAGGCGUUCGCAGCCGCUACACGCGGGUUGGAGAUCAUGGGCGAGCCCUCACGUACGGUUCUAGACCUCCCCCAGGACCCUGAUAUAUCUGAAGAAACACUUCUAACAUUGUCUCAGGGUUGUCCUGAGUUCGCGGUUGUACUCGAGCCGAAUUCUCUUCCAAGCUUACCUGACAUUCUGCCAGGAGGUACCCCAAGCCGAGAAAUUCCGAGCGAAGCCAAGAUCUUUGUCUUCAGGAUCGAUAAAAUAGACGAGCUUCGGACCAAGGUGAACGAGGCUCUGGGUCCCAACGCGAGAUUGCAGAAGCCAUCAGCGUUCAUGGUUCUAGCAGCGCUAACCUGGGCACACGUUACAAAGGCCAGGUGCGGUAGCGAACAGUGUACAGCACCUCCAUCUACAGAUGCUGACCUGGGCAAGAUCUUCAUUCCAAUCGACUUCAGACGUCGCUUCCACGAGGAGACACUGGACUACUUUGGAAACGCGGUCGUCACUAUACCUAUAGAGACUCCAGUCAAAGAGCUUAUAUCGGUCUGUGGGGAGCAGAACCUACCGGCCUUCGCAAAGCUCGUGAACCUGAUCGCGGACGCCGUCGCUGGUGUUGGCCAAGCAGACAUUCUUCGCCGUGAGGCGCUGUUUCGCAGGCUUGGGGACUGCCGUCGUCUCGUUCUGAGCCAAGACCGAAGGCUCCGUGGGCAGAUCCAGCUUAACAGCUGGAGGUAUUUCGGAGGAAAUAAUGUCUGGGAAAUUCCAGGCAUGGGCUCAAGGAAGCCAGACGCGGUCCGCCGUAUACAAGGCGAAGUGAGUCCGGGGAACGCGCUUCUUUUGCCCUUGAACUCGGAGUCUGAGUUCUAUGAGAUGUCUCUGGCGUUGCCCACGGUCUCAAUGUCGGCGCUACUGCGAGACGAGGAAUGGAUGAGUUGGGUUGACCGUGUUAUUGAUUAA